UAAACUAAGGGCCCGAUGAUAUCUCUCCGUGACUCCGUCCCAAUUCCAAACCAAAUGAAACCCUACAUCCCUUUAUUCGCUUAUCCUUCGCAAAUUGCCGCCACGCCACCUCCAGUUACCGGCCACCCCUACACCAUCUCUACUUGUCACAGCCACUACAGCAUCCCUACUCGUCACCGCCGCUCCACCAUCCCCAAUCGCGGGCCUCCGCUUUACUGAAGGUUGCUGAGAAGUGAGACGACGCGCUUCUCGUUUACAAAAUCAACAUCGAAGCUGUAACUGAGAAUAAAAUAAGAAUAAAGAAGAAGAGAUUAGAGAACAAUGAUUGCUAGGAAGUUUUCAUCUGCUACUUCUCGUUCAUUGCGUGUUUGUGUUGUUGGCAGUGGUCCUGCUGGUUUUUACACAGCUGAAAAGAUGCUGAAAGCACAUGAAGGAGCAGAAGUUGACAUCAUUGAUAGAUUACCAACACCAUUUGGAUUAGUCCGUUCAGGGGUAGCACCUGAUCACCCUGAAACAAAGAUUGUCAUCAACCAAUUUUCACGAGUUGCACAUAAUGAAAGAUGUUCAUUUUUUGGAAACGUGUCUCUUGGAUCCUCCAUCUCUCUAUCUGAGCUACGCCAAAUUUAUCAUGUGGUUGUGCUUGCUUAUGGUGCUGAAAGUGACAGAGUUCUUGGCAUACCAGGAGAGGAAUUGAAAGGUGUACACUCUGCUAGAGAAUUUGUUUGGUGGUAUAAUGGGCACCCGGAUUUCAGUAAUAUGACACUUGACUUGAAGAACACAGACACAGCCAUUGUUCUAGGACAGGGUAAUGUGGCUCUUGAUGUUGCAAGGAUUCUUUUAAGGUCACCUACAGAGCUGGCUACAACUGAUAUUGCUAGCCAUGCUUUGGAUGCUCUUAGGGAGAGUUCCAUAAGGAAAGUUUAUCUUGUUGGCAGACGUGGGCCCGUACAAGCAGCUUGUACUGCAAAAGAGCUACGGGAAAUUCUUGCCAUCAAAGAUUUGAACAUUAACAUCAAGGAAGCUGAUCUUGUAAAAACCUCUGCAGAUGAGGAAGAAAUGAAGAACAACCGUAUAAGGAAAAGAGUCUUUGAGCUGUUAUCCAAGGCAUCAUCCACAUCUGGUCAAACUUCAGGUCAACGGGAAUUGGAAUUCACUUUCUUCCGGAAACCUGAUAAAUUUCUUGAAUCAGAUCACAGAAAUGGCUAUGUUGGUGGUGUACACUUUGAGAAGACAACAUUAAAAGGAAAUGGUGACUCUGGAUAUCAGAUUGCAACAGGAACAGGGGAAUAUGAGGAUAUAAAAUGCGGAUUGGUACUUAAGAGCAUAGGCUACAAAUCCAUACCCGUUGAUGGUUUACCUUUUGACCAUUCCAAAGGUGUGGUUCCAAAUAUUAAAGGGCGUGUUAUAUCUAGUUAUGAUGUUUGUGAAGCUGAAGAUGGAUUGUAUGUAUGUGGGUGGUUAAAAAGAGGUCCAACGGGAAUAAUUGCUACAAAUCUUUAUGAUGCAGAAGAAACUGUGGCAAGCAUCUAUGAAGACGUAUCUAAAAUAGAGCUAACAUCAAGAAAACCAGGGAGAGAGGGGCUUCUUGAAUUACUUGAAAGUAAGAAGAUUGAUUUUUUUACGUUUGAUGAUUGGAAAAAGAUAGAUUUUGAAGAGAAGAGGGUUGGGAGUUUAAAAGGGAAACCAAGAGAAAAGUUAACCACAUGGAAAGAUUUACUACAAAUUCAUCCUUCCGUCUUCCUUCCUAUCGUAGCCUCCUCCCGUCUUGCAGCUUCCUUUCGAUCGCAGCUUCCUUCCGAUCAUAGCACACAACAUCCGUCUUCCCCCCUAUUGUCGCGUAAUCAUAUCAUUGCAUCAGAUCAACUUACAAAUAAGCCUCACAUGUCUACGAGGCCAAGAAAGAAAGAGGCAAUGAAAAAACAUAAGAAAGUUACUGGAGCUCAUGAGAUAAAAACCAUUCCUGAUUCUGAAGAGCAUGAACAAACCACAACUCCUCCUGUUUAUGAACCUGAGAAGAUCCCAAUUCAUGAAAAUCAAUGGUUUAAACCCUUCAAGUGGUAG